AAAUUACCGCAAUCGAAACUCCGCAGGAAUGCAUCUCUGGAACGACGAUGUCUUGUGUCAUGGCCAUGAGUAAUUCUGUCUGCGAGCAGACCUGGCGGACCAGAUGCUCCGAAGAUGAGAAAGAGGGGGAAUCACACAUAAAACGCCGGCUGCUGCCUCGCUGGACGCACACAUUUCUGUAGCAGCCGCCUCUUUCCUCAGCCAACCUUGACUACAGGGCUCCGCCCUUCUGUCUGCUUCCCUGGUACUCUAAAUCUAAGCCCAGGACAUAGCGGCGGCUGGACUUGCACAAGAUGACCGCCGAGCAAAGCCCUCCUCUGGCAGAUGCCUUUGCGCAUGCAAGCGGUGAAGAAACGCCCGUCGAGUCCUACCCCGGCUCCCCCGAAGAAGACGCCGGGGCAGAUUCGCCAAAUGGAGCCGCACACAACGGCGUAGAUGUGGCCACGGGCGAAGCCGAAUUCAACAAUCUCCGCAGACAGCUGAGCAAAGAGUCAAAGGCCGCCCGCGCGGGAGAAAAGGAUCUGGAAGCAGCAGACGAGGACGAUGACGACUUUGACCUGCUGGAGUACCUCACGUCGACGCAGAGCGAGGCAAGCAAGGCGGGCAUCAAGCGCAAGAACAUCGGCGUCACCUGGACCCAGCUCGAGGUCGAGGGAGCGGCCUCGAUGUCGCUGGGCGUCCGGACGUUCCCCGACGUGCUUCUCCAGACCUUUAUCUGGGCCCCCAGCGUGCUCGCACGCCUCGUUGGCAUCAAGGCCUUCAGCUCGGGCAAGCGAAAGCUGCUCCAAAGCUUCAAUGGCAGCAUCCGACCAGGCGAAAUGUGCCUCGUGAUUGGCCGUCCGGGCUCGGGCUGCUCGACGUUUCUCAAGACGAUUGCCAACCAGCGCAGCGGCUUCAUGGGUGUCAAUGGCGACGUCAAGUACGGCGGCCUCGAGGCCUCUCUCUUCAAGAAGCGCUACCGUGGCGAGAUUGCCUACUGCGAGGAGGACGACAUGCACCAUCCGACGCUGACGGUCGAGCAGACGCUCAUGGCUGCGCUCCGACUCAAGACGCCAGGAAAGAAGCUGCCCGGCGAGACCGACGAGGGCUUCCGCGAGCGCGUCCUGACAAUGAUGCUCAAGAUGCUCAACAUCGAGCACACCAGAAACACCCUCGUGGGCAACGCAUUCGUCCGCGGCGUGUCUGGCGGCGAGCGCAAGCGCGUCAGCAUUGCAGAGACGAUGACGACACGUGCGUGCGUGCUCAGCUGGGACAACAGCUCCCGCGGUCUGGAUGCCUCGACGGCGCUCGACUAUGCAAAGGCCAUGCGCCUCCUGACCAACAUCUCGGGUCUCAGCACCUUCAUCUCCCUCUACCAGGCGGGCGAGGGCAUCUGGGAGCAGUUUGACAAGGUCCUCGUCAUUGACAGCGGCCGCUGCGUCUACUUUGGCCCGCGCGACCAGGCAAGAGCCCACUUCAUCUCGCUUGGCUUCGCUGACUUGCCCCGCCAAACAUCGGCCGACUACUGCACCGGCUGCACCGACCAGUACGAGCGCCGGUUCCAGGACGGCCGUGACGAGACCAACGUCCCCUCGACGCCCGAGCAGCUCGAAGAGGCGUACAUCAAGAGCGACAUUGGGCAAAAUGAGAUUCGCAAGCGCGACGAGUACGUCCAGGAGCUGCAGAGGGACAGCAGGGCACAGGAGUUCCGGGAAGCUGUGGCCGAAGACAAGCACCGCGGCGUCAGCAAAAAGUCCAACUACACCGUCUCGUUCCCCAAGCAGGUCUACGCCCUCUGGCUGCGCCAGAUCCAGAUGCUCCUCGGCGACAAGCUCGACAUUGCCGUGUCCUACUUUACCGCCAUUGCCAUCGCCCUCAUCGUCGGCUCGCUCUUCUAUCAGCUGCCCGUCACGGCCGACGGCGCCUUUACCCGUGGUGGUGUGCUCUUCAUUGCCCUUCUCUUCAACUCGCUCACCGCCUUCAGCGAGCUGCCCACCCAGAUGGGCGGCCGUCCCAUCCUCCACCGCCAGCAGGGCUUCUGCUUCUACCGACCCAGCGCGCUCACCCUCGCCCAGCUGCUCGCUGAUCUGCCCAUCGGCGUGCCCCGUCUGUUCUGCUUCACCAUCAUCAUCUACUUCAUGGCCGGACUCACGUACACGGCCGGUGCCUUCUUUACCGCCUUUAUCAACAUCCUCGUGAGCUACUACGCGUUCCGAGCGCUGUUUGCGCUGUUUGGUACCGUGUGCCGGAGCUACGAUGUGGCUGCCCGUCUGGGCGCCGUCAUCAUCAUGGCCCUCGUCCUCUUUGCGGGCUACGUCAUGCCUCGCGACGCCAUGCCUCGUUGGCUGUUCUGGAUCAGCUACAUGAACCCAGUCUAUUACGGCUUCGAGGCGCUCAUGCUCAACGAGUUCAAGCACCUCGAGCUGGCCUGCGUCGGCACGUACAUCACACCCCGUGGGGCCACCUACCCCGACUCCGUUGGCCCCAACCAGGUCUGCACACUGGCGGGCGCCGUGCCAGGCGCUCAGUUCGUCGACGGUCUCGCCUAUCUCCAGGCCUCGUUUGGCUUCCAGUCGUGGCACCUCUGGCUCAACUUUGGCGUGCAGGUCAUCUUCCUCAUCGGUUUCACCGCAGUCACCUGCGCCGCCAUCGAGACGUUCCAGCUCGGUGCCUUUUCGUCGGCGUUCAUCAUCAAGAAGAAGCCAAACAAGGAAGAGUCAGAGCUGGACAGCAAGCUGCAGGACCGUCUGCAAGGCACCACUGAAAAGACAGAGAGCGCACUCGAGGUCUAUGGACGCUCAUUCACCUGGAGCAAGCUCAACUACACUGUCCCGGUCAAGGGCGGCGAGCGGCGACUGCUGCACGACGUCUACGGCUACGUCAAGCCCGGCGAGCUCACUGCGCUCAUGGGCUCCUCGGGCGCAGGAAAGACGACGCUGCUGGACGUCUUGGCCGACCGCAAGAGCACGGGCAGGAUCGAAGGCGACCGUCUCGUCGAGGGACAGCCCGUGGGCAUCGACUUCCAGCGCGGCUGUGGCUAUGCGGAGCAGCAGGACAUCCACGAGCACACGACCACGGUCCGCGAGGCGCUUCGCUUCAGUGCCUACCUCCGCCAGCCGUUCCACGUGAGCAAGGAGGAGAAGGACGCCUACGUCGAGGAGAUCAUCGAGCUCCUCGAGAUGCAAGACCUUUCCAACGCGCAGAUCGGCCACCCCACCUUUGGUCUUGGUGUCGCCGAUCGCAAGCGGGUGACCAUCGCCGUCGAGCUCGCCGCCAAGCCAGACCAGCUCCUCUUUCUCGACGAGCCCACUUCGGGUCUCGACGGCCAGGGCGCAUACACCAUCGUCCGUCUGCUCAAGAAGCUCGCCGCCGCCGGCCAGACGAUCCUGUGCACGAUCCACCAGCCCAACUCGCUCCUCUUUGAGCAGUUUGACCGCCUUCUCCUGCUCGAGCGUGGCGGCGAGACGGUGUACUUUGGGCCCGUAGGAAAGGACAGCUGCCAUCUCGUCGAGUACUUUCGCGAGAACGGAGCGGCAUGCCCAGAGUCAGUCAACCCGGCCGAGUUCAUGCUCGACGCGGUGGGUGCUGGCUCGCAAAAGAGGAUCGGCCCGCGCGACUGGAAGGACAUCUACCUCGACAGCGACCUUUUCAAGAGGAACCUGGCCGAGAUCGACGCCAUCAACGCGGCCGGAAGCUCCGAUGCGGACCGGCCCGCUGCCAAGGAGUACUCGACACCAUUCCUCUACCAGCUCAAGGUGGUCCUCAAGCGCACGCUGACCAGCAGCUGGCGCCAGCCCGACUACCAGUUCACACGCCUCUUCCAGCAUGCUGCCAUCGCGCUCCUUACCAGUCUCUUGUUCCUCCAGCUGGGCAACAGUGCGGCGACGCUCCAGUUCCGCGUGUUUGGCAUCUUUAUUGCCACCGUCAUCCCCGCCAUCAUCCUCGCCCAGAUCGAGCCGUUCUACAUCAUGGCACGCGGCACCUUUAUCCGCGAGAACACGUCCAAGAUGUACCGGCCCGAGGUGUUUGCGCUGACGCAGAUCAUCUCGGAGCUGCCGUACGCCGUCGUAUGCGCCAUCACCUACUUCCUCCUCUUCUACUACCCCAUCGGCUUCAACUAUGCCUCGGACCGCGCAGGCUACUUCUUUGCCAUGUUCCUCGUCACCGAGAUCUUUGCCAUCUCGCUUGGACAAGCCAUUGCCGCCCUCAAUCCGUCCAUUUACCUGGCCUCGGUGUGGAAUCCUUUCUUGAUCCUGAUCUUUUCCCUCUUCUGCGGCGUCACCAUCCCGCGGCCCAACAUGACGUACUUUUGGCGCCAGUGGCUUCCCUGGAUCGACCCGCUCUUCUACCUUGUCGGCGGCCUCAUUACCAACGAGCUCCACGGCCUCGAAGUCCGCUGCGAUCCCUCGGAGCUGGCUCGCUUCACACCUCCCGAGGGGCAGAGCUGUGCGCAGUACGCAGCCUCGUUCCUCAGUGACAGCGGCGGCUAUCUCGACACCAGUGUCAACGGCAGCGAGUGCGGCUACUGCCAGUACAGCGUCGGCGAUGACUUCUACGCCAGCCUGGACCUCAGCUUCAGCACGCGCGGCAGGGACAUUGGUGUCCUGAUUGCCUUUUGUGCCUUCAACGUCGUCGCAACGCUCGCUGCGGCCCGCUUCAUGAAGUUUGCCAACCGCUGAUGAACCCUUGCCAACCGCUGAUGUCCCCCUUUCGUGCCUUUAGAGUUUCUCAGACCCUGUUCUCGCGCCUUGACACAGUCCCGUACUCUGAACUCAAUUGUAAAUGUCAACCAAUAACCACAAUAGAUGAAACAUUAGUCAAAAC